UGGACCUCUUGUGAACCUUCCAUGAUGUUGACACGAAAACAACGAUGUCCUCUCUCUUCAAACAACUGUUUUCUAAGUACCUAAUUAUAACUAACACUGUAACUAGUGGGACAUUGCUUGGACUAGGUGACGUCAUAACACAACAUGUGGAGAUCGAAUAUGCAUCCAGGACAGGAGUUACGGGGACACAUUUUAACAUAUAUCGAACAGGUAGAAUGUUCCUCAUGGGUUUGAUGAUUGGUCCAUUUGGACACCUGUGGUACUCCAAACUUGCUGACAAGCUAGUUCUUGGAUCUGGUCCGAAAGUUGUGCUUAAGAAAAUAGGCGUGGAUCAAAUAAUUUUCACUCCUUUUAUUACCUGUCUAUUUUUCGGUGGAAUGGGUCUACUUGAGGGAAGGGGAAUAAACGGUGCCCUGAAUGAAAUUACGACUAACUUUAUAGCAGUAUACUCGGUAGAUUGCUGUGUAUGGCCGCCAGCUCAAUAUAUUAAUUUCCACUUUAUCCCGGCCAGAUUCAGAAGCGUUUACGUCUCAACCAUGACAUUGUGCUGGAAUACCUUUUUAUCUUAUAUGAAACAUAGGAAAACGAUGGUUUAAUGGUAGCCGGGAAUAUCAAAAGUACCUAUCCAUGAUGUAUGGAGACCGGGUAGAUUUCUCCAAAAGCUUUAAAUUGUUACUUAGAACUGCAUUAUUGAAAUAAAA